AUGCAUGCCAUCUCGAAACGACUGGGCCUUGCCCUACUUAUCCCAGGCUUUGUUACUGCCACGCCCAUGGGAGAUUUACUUGCUAAACGCGAUGCCUCAACCUACAAGCUUGACACAGACUACUCCUCCAUACACUCCGACAUCUUCCCCAUCACUUAUACUUAUGCUCCAGGUUAUGGUGACUACACCGACUUCCUCGAUGCGUACUAUGAUGACGAAGGUUGGUGGGGAAAUGCCUGGUUGGAUGUCUACGACCUUACUGCCAAUGAGACGUACUUGGAAGCGGCCAUCACAAUCUACAACGAUGUAGUGGACGGAGAGGGAACACCAUGCGGAGGUAUUUGGUGGGACAAGGCUAACACGUAUGUCGCUGCAAUUUCGAAUGGGCUAUACGCCGAAUUGUCUGCUGGUCUCGCCAACCGCGUAUCUUCGGAUGAGGCCUCCACUUAUCUCGCAAGCGCCGAAGCAGAAUGGGACUGGUUCUUCAGCUCUGGCUUGAUUGACUCCGACAACAUCGUUUAUGAUGGGUUGGGGUCCGAUGGCUGCACACCUAGCACUGAUAUCUUCACAUACAACCAAGGAGUGAUUCUCGGGGCGGCAGCGGAACUGUACAAGGCAACAGGCAACGAUACAUACCUGACACAAGCAGCAGCACUUGCCGAUGCAUCUACUGCCGAUGGAUCUCCCGUGACUAGCAGCAGCGGUAUCUUGACCGAGAGCUGUGAUACAUCUCAAAGCUGCGACACAACAUCCGAGAUGUUCAAGGGCGCUUACAUCCGAGGGCUCAGGAAGCUGCAGCUUGUAGAUCCGGAGACAGACUGGCUCAAUUACAUCACAAGGAAUGCACAAAGCCUCUGGAAUAACGACCUGGAUGUCGAGUCGGUGGAUGGCAAUUCAGAGUGUGUUGUGGGCUCGGCUUGGGCUGGUCCAUUCGAUGCUUCACAGGCCAACGCGAUUACUCAAGGAUCAGCUUUGGACGCUCUAAAUUCUGCUCUUGCGGCGACUACGUGA